AUGGGGAUUGCUUAUGAUAGAGCAACCCUCCAUGGAGGCACAUGUCCUGCAAGGCAACGCAAUAAUACGACCCUUGGUCAGUACCUAGUAGUGAAGCCUGAGGAUAAGUUAGGCAUGUGGUACAGCAUCUCUUUUAGGAAUCCCCGUCCAUUACAAACCAAGUAUACAUCUUGCAAGGUUCCGACUUCAGCCCUAACUAGCGGGAACAGGGAUUCCAAAUCCCCAUCCCCUUAUCCAUACAACUUGAUUGUUUUCACAGACAGACGGAAACCGACUGACUUGAAGCCGGUCUCGGUGCGGGCGUUAAGGGACUACAGUCUAUUGAUAGGCCAACCAACCUCGUGGCCUUUUAGAUCGUGGUCCGGUAGUCAGAAUACAGUCCAAGGUCAAGGCUCAAGCGCUGCUCCUAGUGUACCGAGAGACUGGAGACAUGUCAGUUCCGAUUAUUUCCUGGCCUCUCGUGCGUACUAUGUAGGCAUGACAAAUGUUUAA